CCCCGCAUGAAAACUCGAAUGAGCAAACUAUCCACUGCUACUUCGAAUAAACCAGCUGAAUUCUUCUCUAAAUCGGUAUGAAUCAAGAAAGCGUUUCACCGACUAGUUCAAAUUCUGCAAUUGUCGAUAACCGCCGUGGUGUCAAACGCAAAGCAUCUGUUGUGGUAAAGAGACAAUUUGAGCGGACAAUCGGUAACGCGACGCCAGUCGUCUUUAACAACAGAGCUGCGCAGCAGGGGCAGUAUGUCCUACCUCCUCGUACCACAGAACUUCCAUCUGAUAGUAGCGAUAGUGACGACUUAGGGGAGAUAACUCCAUACGAAGAUGAAGAAGAGUUAGAAUAUGACGAGAGGUCCAACUCUUUUGAUGCUGAUACUCACAGGAAAUUCUUAGUCAAGGACGAUGCCACCACUUCGAAGCGCUCGCGCACAACUGCUCCCAAUACUAUGUGGCCAGUAGAUGACGAUGGAGAAUCAUCCUUCAGUGAGUUCCUUUCACCUGGAAGCUCACUCCGGCGUACAACUGGUGAAGAAGCGGUAUUGGGGAGUACUCCCAAUCUUGGUGCGAUGCGCGCUGAGGAACUUUUGGCUCGUGCCUCAACAUCCGAUCAGGAACCAAGGCCACGAUCGCAUCCACCACUUGGCCAGAUAAAUUGUGAUUGUGAGUUCUGCGUACGAUUUCGAAGUAUUACGGAAGAGAGAUUAACAGCACCAUACGAAUGGCUCGAAGACGGCGUUCGAGGGAUCGUCGCCAAUGUGAAAAAGUUCUUCAAAGGAUUGAAAGUUCUCAUAGGACCAACAGAAGCCUGGGGAACAAUCCUUUAUGCUCCUACACUUACAACGGCACUGGCAUGCGGUGUUUCAAUGAAAACUGCUUCGACUAGAGGGUAUUCCAUGCACGUCAGGCGUUAUAAAAAGGAGUGGGGUGAAGUAGUGCGCCAAUUAGUUGACGCAGAGUUGGAACAAGGAGCGAAUACGACUUUGUUUCAAACGUAUGCAAAAGUCCGUUACGCGUUUGCAGAUUUUCCCAUGACUCUCGGCACUUAUCAUGAUUUUCUGAAGUCAUUAGGCUAUGGUUGCAAAGGUGAUGGCAGAAGAACAGAUAUUACUUGUGUUGUUGUUGAAAUUUCAUGUCGCUUAGGAUGCUUAGGAAAAUGUUAA